UUAAUCUAAUUCCGUGGUGGAUACCAUAAUAAUAUAUUAUAUCAAGGUGACAUCAACUAAUACACAAUCAAUACACCUUGUAUUAUAUAUAUCUGUGUUCGUGCUAUCAUGUAAUUCUGUGGUGCUAGCAAGAAGGUUUAUCAAUACACGUUGGGUGCUAUAAACAAAAGCACGGGAUUUUGAUAAGAUAAUAAAAAAAUUCAAGAUAGUAAAGAAUCAUUGUUCUAUAUUCUAUGCGAGGUUCUGUCUCGUAGGUAUUGUCUUUUGUAGUAUUUGAAUAAUAAUAUUAUUGCAUUCAUAACUAAUAAUUAUAUUCGGUCAAAGACAAAUGGAGCCUGCACAUGUUUCUCUAAGUCAGCAAGCUAUGGUCUACAAAUGUAAAAUGAGAUAUCGUCCAGAUUGCGACCACAACCAUUCAGUACAUUCUUCUUCCACAUAAUAAGCGACUGCCCACUCCGUGCCUUUAAGAUUAAUGAGACAGUGGAAGAACUCCACGAAGCAAACAACUAUGCGUUCAAAUGGAUAAGGACACUUGACAUCCAACUUUGGACACCUUUCUAUUGACGACAUGUUACAGUUACCCUUUGAAUUAAUCUUACCUUUAAAUUAUAUAAGAGGUCAAUUCACUCGUAAUUUUUUAAACUAACAAAGCUAUACGUGUUCUGCUGAGCGUACAAUUUGCUAUGCUACACACCUGCAAGACAGAGACAACAUAUGCGGAAUAUUUUAAAAGAAAAAAAGAAGAAGAAGAAUAAUCAGAUCUUGAAAAACAAAGAGGAAGAGAUUCCAAAACUGAAAGAAACCCAAAAUGACAGACUGAAACAUGUUGUUGUAUAUGGCGCUGUAAAGUUUCCUAGUUAUUUAGACAAUUUACCCUAUGUUGAAGGACAAUGGAGUUUUACAAACCCAACUGGAAAGAAAGUGUAUUCUAUAUUAUUUUUAUUAAAAGUUGGUAGUGAAGCUAUUUGUCAAAAGAAACCGUAUGUAUUAAAUAACUGGAGUACAAAAUCAUUCAUUGCACCACAAUUUAGUUCAUUAAGUAAUAUUUUAAAAGAAAAAAAGAAGAAUAAGAAUAAUCAGAUCUUGAAAAACAAAGAGGAAGAGAUUCCAAAACUGAAAGAAACCCAAAAUGACAGACUGAAACAUGUUGUUGUAUAUGGCGCUGUAAAGUUUCCUAGUUAUUUAGACAAUUUACCCUAUGUUGAAGGACAAUGGAGUUUUACAAACCCAACUGGAAAGAAAGUGUAUUCUAUAUUAUUUUUAUUAAAAGUUGGUAGUGAAGCUAUUUGUCAAAAGAAACCGUAUGUAUUAAAUAACUGGAGUACAAAAUCAUUCAUUGCACCACAAUUUAGUUCAUUAAGUUGUCUAGGGGCUAAAUAUAAUCUAGUAAGUGAAACAGUUAUAUUGGAUCGUAGUCAUGGAAAGCUUUUAAUGCUCAAAGAGACAGUUGAACAUCCAUUGAACUCAGUAGUUGCUUAUAAAAUCAAUAUGAAAUGUAAAAGCAUACUUGUAGACUAUGAGGAACUUAAUAAUUUAAAUGAAAUAAUUUACUCAUUAUCAGAAGAUGAAUCUUCGGUAAUUCGCACAAGGCAUAAAGAGUUUGUGAAAUCUAUGUCACUAAUAAUAUUAGAUUGUCCUAUCACUCGAACAACAGUAGCAGGAACGAUUUUUGCAGAACUUUUAUCCAAAAAAAUUCUUUCUAUGGAGGCCAUCACUCAAGGAUUUGACGAUGUUCUUAAAUAUUGGUGUGAUUUUUUGAUUUAUUACCCUCAAUUUUUCUCCUAUAUUGCUGCAAUUAUUGCUCCAUUGUUAUUAUCACAGAAUACUUCCUUCGACUUCAACAAUUUAAAAGAUUCAUGUACUUCUAUACGACCAGACAAUUCUAGUAAAUUGUUUACUGAAGUAUUAUAUAAAAUUAAUAGUUCCAAGGAAACACAGAACGUUAAAGAACAUCUAGGUGGUAUACUGUGGAUUUACAAUAAGUGGAAUAUGUUAGAAAAUAUUCCUCUUGGCGUCUUCAUGCCUAAUAACCAAAUAAAUAAAUAUUUUAAAAAAGAUCAAGUUGGAGUAUUCAUUUUAUCUAUUGCCAUGUAUGAUCAAAUUAAGCUGACUGACAAUAAAUUACUGUACGAUAUAUUGCAAAGCUGGAUAUCUACUAAUAUUAGUGCAGAAAUAAUAAAAAGCUCUCUGUUUGUGCGAGCACUGACUGUAGCUAUUGUCAUUGUAUGUUUGAAGUUAAAUCAUUCAUAUGAAGAUUUCUUUGAUCAUGUUCAUGUAAAAAUGUUGACCCAUUAUAUUAAAUUGAAACCACUACCAAAAAAUGAAAUCCAGGCACGAGAAGUACAAUGUAUGUUCGGCAUUCAAAUAAUGUCUGCUACACUUAAACAUCCUACAGGAAUGGUGUUAAAACUGUUUAAUCAACUCCAUCAGGAUAGAGUUAUAAGUAAAGAAUCGUUUGAACUAUUCAUACAAGAAUAUGAAAAAAUAGCUGAAAAAUAGACUGUAUUUCCAUGAACACCAAAUGUUUCUAAUUUUUUUUGUUUUAGAUAUUAUGUUGUUAAAAAAAUUAUAUAAAUAAGAAAAAAAUGUACUAAUCCAUUUUUUAAUUAUUUUAUUUGGAAUUCAAUAAUUUAUAUUUUCGCAAAUAUUUGUAUAUCCUUUGUUUUAAAUAAUUUUAUUUUAAUAAAUUUAUAUUUUAUAUA